AUGGCCACUCAAUCCAUUCAACUCUACUCCCACGUCAAGGGACCCAAUCCGUGGAAAGUCGCCACGAUUCUCGAAGAGCUUGGUCUCCCCUAUGAAACGGAAUUUGUGAAUCCAGCCGAGCUUCACACUCCUGUCUAUGAAAAGAUCAAUCCCAAUGGAAGGGUACCGGCUAUCCAUGACCCUAACACCGAUAUCACUCUAUGGGAGUCGGGAGCUAUCAUCAACUACCUAAUGGCGACAUAUGACAAAGAUAACAAACUUCAACCAACCGGCAUCAAGGAGAAAUUCGAGGCACAGCAAUGGCUUUUCUUCCAAGUAUCCGGACAAGGUCCUUACUUCGGGCAGUACACCUUGUUCUCGUUUUUCCACCCCGAAAAGAUUUCCUCUGCCGUCGACCGUUACGCCAAUGAGAUCAAACGCGUCACAAAAGUCCUCGAUACCGCCUUGGAGGGCAAAGAAUAUCUCGUCGAAAGCAAGCUUACCUAUGCUGAUCUUUCAUUCGUAUCCUGGUAUCAAGUUAUAACUCAAUUCCCAGGAUUAAGACUGGAGGAUUUCAAAGAAACAUGUCCCAACUUUGUCAAUUGGAUGGGGAAGAUGUUUGACAGGCCAGCGAUCAAGAAAGUCUUCGAGUUCAAGGCUUCUUUGGCCGCUCCAAAGUGA